GUAAAACUAAAACAAGCGAAUUAACCAUUAAAAAAAAAAAAAAAAACAGAGACAUCUCUACUCCACCUCACGUAAAGACAUAAUUGCAAGUGUGCGUGGAGCCGUGACGCAGAUCUCUUGAUGUAGUCUGCGGUAAAGGGUGUGACCUGGAAGCCUUCAAAUCUGACAGACAAGCGAGAGAAGGGCAGAAAGAAAACGUGCCCGACGGACGAGGACCUGCUGUGUGCGAAAUCAGUGCGGGACGAACUAUGAAGACGAACCAGUGGCGCAAAGGAGCCUGGGAAAGCGCAAGCAGCAGCAUGAGUCCUUCACACAGCACAAUCCUCGCAUUCGCCCUUCUGCUCAUCUCAGCCAUACCGCCCUGCACAGGUGCUCCAGUGUUCCUAGAUAUAUCCACUACAGAAAAUGACAAGCUGCUAAACCAGAUAGAUAACGUAUGCUCAUCCCUCCUUCCCGAAGAACGACCCCUCAGGACAUUGGACACAUUGUGGGAUCUGUGUGACUUGAUGCAGGGUGUGUUGCAGAAAUCUGAGGAACUGGCAGCUCGAGAAACAACAAAAAGGUUUUUAUUUCAUUACACUAAGACGAAUACUGGAGUGCCUGAUGGGACGUCGACUGUGUUCCACCCUCUCCUGCAGCUCAUACCGCAGCUCCAUAGCAGAAGAGGUAGAAGAGUAGCAUCACAUGAGACCCCACGCAUGAUCCAUAGCAGAGGAUACUUCUCAUAUCGGCCGCGAAAUGGAAGACGAUCAACAGAAUACGUGUAAAGAAUAAUUAAAAAAAAAAAAAAAAACGCACAAAAAAAAAACUAUAAAAAAAAAAAGAAAA